AUGAACCAUAUGUCGACUGCUGCUCGUCCCCCUUCACCCACCGCUCCUCCUCUUCGCCGUCCCUCACCGCUUGGCCGCCGUUCGAUCAUUGCGCAAGACGACGGUACUCUCGUCGUUGCCGACCCAGCGCCAGCUCGCUCGUCGAGCGUACCGCCAGUCCAGAUACCAGCGACCACGAGGCCUCCAUCGCCGGGUUCCGCUUCGGCACCCUUGCGAGUUCCGCUCCAACAGGCGACGCAGACCAGUCGACGAGAGCUCCAAAAGAUCGACUGUCAGGACUUGCAGCUCAAGCUUGCGAGCGUGCAGCGCGAAUUCGCCGGACUCGCCAAGUCUCUCGUCAAAGUGCAGGCCCGUAUCAGUCAGUAUUGGUCAGUCCCGCAACGAUCCGUUCGCGGGCAAAUGAAGACGCUCGUCUCGUCGCUCGUCCUCAACGCCAGCUACCUCGCCAAGUACCUCACCUCGAUCUCGUACGCCGCACGCAAGAUCCUGAACUUUGUCGCGACGUGCAUCCGCGAGUCGCACGGCCUGCACGACUUUCACGCCAACCAGGACUUGAAGCCGGUCCUCGACGAACUUCGCCUCCUCCAGUCUCACUGGCAGGCGCUCGAAAAGGCCGAGGCAAAGUACGGCGCUUUGCUCAGCGAAUCGACGCUCGUCCUCGAGGCGGCGAUGAAUCCUGACGGCUGGACACCCGGCACUCCCCUCUCGCAACCCACCCUCGAACUCGCGGCCUGCCACCACCCGCUUCUCACCUCCUUCUCCUCCCUGUCAACCUUCUUCUCCACCCUCGUCCUCUCAACCUGGAAACCCCCGCUCCUCUCGCCAAACGACGUCAAGGCCGCCGCCGCGUCGUGGCGAGAAGUCGAGACGGCGGGCAAGAAAACAAGCAAGCAGGUCGCAAAGGUUGUGCGCGAGGUGGUCAACAAGACGGUCGAGAUGAGCUUUGCGAGCAAGGAUGAGGGCGCGGCAAUAUGGGCAACGUUUGAGGGAAGCAGCGGAACGCACAAGGGGAGGAGCGGCAACGCAGAGUGA